GAAGAGAGAGCAGGGAGGAGGGAGAGAAGGGGAAGAAAGAGGAGGAGGUGGUGGGGAAAGACCUGGCUGAAAUGACAUGCACACACACACACACACAUGCAUCCAGCACCGGCAGCUGUGAGUGAGUCCAUGAGAGGCUGACAUUGAAAUUCCCUCUGCAUCUCCUUGCCUUCUGGAGGCACAGAUGAGGGAAGGGUGAAAGGAGGCAAGAAGAGGCGGAGUGGAAUGGGAAGACACAGUCCUUGUCACGAAGGAGGCACCUCGAUGGAUCAAGAAAAGUCGAGACCAGAGCUGAGCCGAGCCACAAAAAUUGGAAAUAUAUAGAUGUACAUUUCAUCUCCUCAGAGUUACUCAGCAAGAAUUCUGCUAAUGUCUGCUGUGAACGAAGGACAAACGAAAGCAUCACAUCUUGUGUCCUGGCCCUUUUAUUUUAUUCAGAUCCUGUGGACAUUUCCUCUCAUAUAUCUGGGACAGCAUUUUAAAGAAAGAAACACCAUGUUUCCAUGCUGUCAAUUCUGUGGUAUUCUGUGGCUUUUUGGUACUUCCAGAGUAAGGAACACUCCCAUAAACUGAAAAAUGACUGCCAACCUUCUUUCCAGACAAAUGAAGUUGUGGACUCCUUUGUGGCUUGUGUCCAGCCAUAGUUCCUCCUGACCUUUCCAAGAGAGCCUCACCAAGACAUCUCCAAUUCAGCAGCACGCUUAUUAAGAGUAUACUGACAACUUUAUCAGCAAUGGAACAUGGAGAGCUCUUAAAACCUCACAUUUCAUUUAUGAAUGCUCAUUUCUAAGGACACUUCCAUAAUGACACCUUUAACAAUGCCUCUAACAUCCUUUCCAAUGGCACCUCUUCUCCUCAAAGAGAAAAUGCUGUCAGUUCUAUAAAACUGCAAGUGGAUGUACUAGGACAGCAAAAUUUAUUGGACACAUUAUAUAUGUCUUGUGUGACAAUGAACAUCCAUGAGAGCCAUCAGCAGGUUAAGUCUCCAAUAGAUAACACAGGGUAAAAAAUGAAAAUAAAAAAGAUUCUCUUAAUUCAAGCUCAAGAGAUCCAAGAAUCAACAAACACUGGGUAAAAUGACCAACUUUGUUUAAAUAUGUUUCUUUUUGCCAUGCAUUUUUAAUUUCUCCAUAGACCAAGGCCAGGCCCAUCAAACAGCAUGUAUGCUGGUAGACAUCUUCUCUUCAACUUGUCCACCCACAGGGAAAGAUAUUCAGGCAGCUAAUUAAGUACUAAAGGUCAUCAGCUUCUGGUCGCAUCAGAGCUCUUUUAUGGUACAUAUCUCUAUAAGUGCCUCAAGAUUAGGAGAAGUUAGGAUUCAAUAUCCCACCUUUCUUCCAGCCAGAUUGUAGCAGGCUUCAUGUGUACUUGCUCACAUUUGCUGGUUUCUGUCUCCAUCCAUUGUUCUCCCUUCUGGAUUGGCUUCUUCUCUACCAUGUAGCGUUUACCUUGCCAAAAUGAGUGCAGACUGUGUCCAGCUGGGGGGAGAGCAGUUUGCACCCCACUGCUACCCUGCCAUGAUACUGAACCCUUUCCUUGUAGCAGUGGUGGUGGUCUUUGCCAGUGCUGUCACUGGCUGUCCAGUUCUGUGCACAUGCCGCAGCCAGGUUGUGGACUGCAGUGGGCUUCGGCUCUUUUCGGUGCCACCAGAUCUUCCGUUGGACACUCGGAACUUAAGUCUGGCUCACAACCGCCUCACAACUAUCCCUGCUGGAUACCUUACAUGCUAUACUGAAUUGAGGGUGUUGGACUUGCGAAACAACUCCCUGGUUGAAUUACCUUCUGGACUUUUUCUGACCUCCAAGCGCCUGUCCUAUCUGGACUUGAGCUACAACAACUUGACUCAAGUUGUGGCCAAUAUGUUCCAGGAGGCCUACAAUCUGGUGCAUAUUGACUUGAGCCACAAUCCAUGGCUGAGGAAGGUACACCCCCAGGCUUUCCAAGGCUUAGUCCAACUACGUGACCUUGAUCUCAGCUAUGGGGGGCUCUCUUUCCUUAGCCUUGAAGCUCUGGAAGGUCUCACAGGCCUGGUGACUCUUCAGAUUUCAGGCAAUCCCUGGGUGUGUGGUUGUACCAUGGAGCCACUGCUGAAGUGGUUGAGAAACAGGAUCCAGCGGUGCAUGUCAGAUACACAGCUGGCAGAAUGCCGGGAGCCACCUGAAGUGGAAGGAGCCCCCUUGUUUUCCCUGACAGAGGAAAGCUUCAAGGCCUGCCACCUGACCUUGACACUGGAUGAUUAUCUCUUCAUUGCCUUUGUGGGCUUCGUGGUCUCCAUCGCUUCAGUUGCCACCAACUUCCUUCUAGGCAUCACAGCCAACUGCUGUCACCGUUGGAGCAAGGCAAAUGAGGAUGAGGAGAUAUAGCCACGUGGCCUGAUCCUUCCAGCUCCUGCAUUGCUCACUGCCAGGGGGAGCCAAGGGCUAUCGUGUUCAGGGAAAGCAGAAGGACUAGUCUUUUUCCUGCUCUGCCAUUUUCUUGAGACUUCCCCCUCACCAGCCCUUGUAUAGCAGCACCGGACCAGACCAGUCUUUCUUACUGGAGACAGGGGAGAGGGCCAGCGAGAGCAGGGAGAUUGAAGUGUGCCUUGUAUAAUCCUCUUUGCACUGGAAACGCCCAGUGAGCCAUGUCUAGAAAAGUGACAGGAAAGCAUCAAUAAGACAUUUAGACCAUUCUUCAUCUUUUGCUCCAGCAUGCACACAGGUGUGCAUGUACAUGUACACACAUUGUAUUCAUGUGUACCUUUUGCACCCUUUUCAGUCCAAGCCUUGGGUUCACAGCUGUAGCAUUGAAAACAUUCAAAUAUACAUGUGCAUUCAUGUCAUAUUCAACUACCAACUGAUGUCAUGGGGAAAAAUCAAAAGGUUUUUUCUACUUAGGAGAUCCAAAGCUUUUCUUUUUUUUUUUAGCAUCCCAUCCCAUUAUGGCAUAGUUUUGAUAGCUAUUCCUCUUUAGGUUGGAAGAGCUACAUUUUAACCAUUCUAACAAGUCCCAGGGGCCCAUAGUUUCCAUUUAUUUCUACAUGCAGUGGUUUCAUUUUUAUCAGGAAAAUUUUAUCCAAGAAAAUUUUGAAAACAAAAAUGAGGGCCAGAUACAUCCACAGUUGAAAGCGAUUAUUCAUCCCCAUUGCUGCAAUUUGCACAAGUGUUUGCUGGGUCUGCAAGUGGCCUUUUGUUCGCCAGAUGUUGAUUUAGGUCAAAGUGUUUCUGGUUUAGGGUGGAAACCCUAUAUAUAGAUUGCACAGGGAGAAUAAUUAUGCUAUAGCAAAGGAAAUCUUAUAAUGAAAACCCAUUGUCUCCACAAUGUCAUUCAAAAAGAAAGACAGUAUGACAUUUAACGAAGUUGGGUUGGCAAGUACAAUACUUAGAUUAAACUAGGAGCAAGUGUAGUUUAGGAUAUAUAAGACUGACAAAGUUGAAUUGGGUGUGUACAUUCAAGGCUUGGCCGUAGAUAAGAAAAAAGGGGAGUUUUUAUUCACUUCAAAGAUGGAGUCCCACGGAGCUCAUCAAAUGGCUGUUUCUGGUGGUUGACCUUGGAUUUUGUUUUUAAAGUGUAUGGAAAGGGGAGGAUUAUGAAGUCAGAGAGAAAUCAAUUCCACUGCUCUACCUGUCCAUAGAAAUGGCUAAAACUGGGUAUUUUAAGGUGGGAUGGGAACUAUUGUUAAAUUCUCAGUUUUCUUUGGAAACAGAGGACCCCUGAACAUCACAUCUUGAACCUCUUCAGAUGUGUCGGCGGAGUCACCGCAGUCUGUGGUAAUUCUAGCAAUACACAUCCAGGGACCUGGGAACCUAUCACCCCACGCCCCGCACCAUCCUGGCUUCCCCACUACGUUAUCACAUGGAGGGAAGUGUCCAUCAGCUGGCUUGCCCCGUUGAGGGCAAUGCAACUGUGGAAAGUGUCCCAUGUUUCCACUGCCAGUGUUGUUGU